AGGCCGCAGCAGCCAGCGGUGGCGGCUCUGACUGACGCGGGCGGGCGGCUCUCGCAGGCCUCGCAGCUCGCUAGUCGCUCGUACAGUCGUCUCGGUUCAGCCAAGCUGUUCGCACGCGACGAGUCGCGCGCUUCUGCCGGAUUCCCUCCUCUCGCCCGUUCUUUUACGGAUCUCUCUUAUACACACGGAGUGAACUCGAUUCGCCCAGUGCUCGCGAGCUGCUGCCGGAUACAUAAAUAUAUAUACAAGUGCGGUGUGGAGGCGUUAUAGGAAGCAGAAUCGAGAGGUGCGCGCACGGAGAACUGCCCGCACGAUGUUGACGUCGCCAAGUCGCUGAGGAGAUACGAGCAUCACGAGAGGCGCCUGGUACUUGGCUACCCACUCCGUGUUGUACAAGUAGUUGUGGUUGUUGUUCUUGUUUCGUGUCGUUUCGUGUCGUUUCGUGUCGUUUCGUGUUGUUGCUAUCGAGAGGUUAUAGUGCGCGUACCAGAGGAGCAACGCCAAGAUGUCGGGAAGGAUCUACACGGACGGUCACGAGAUCGACGGCAGUUGGGUGCUGCGGGUCUACGUGACGGACCUCAACGUUGAGCGGAGCCUCAGAGUCAAAGGCGAGCUCCACAUCGGCGGUGUCAUGCUUCGCCUUGUCGAUGACCUAGACAUAGCGAUGGACUGGUCGGACCACGCGCUCUGGUGGCCGGCGAAGAACCACUGGCUGACCAGGACGAGGUCGACCCUCGACCAGUACGGCGUCGCGGCCGACGCCAUCCUCCACUUCACGCCGAUGCACAAGACCCUGAGGGUCCAGCUGCCCGACAUGCGCUACCUCGACUGCCGGGUCGACUUCUCCGUCAAGACCUUCAACGCGGUCAUCAACCUGUGCAAGGAGCUCGGCAUCAGACACCCGGAGGAGCUGUCGUUCUGCAAGCCCCUGGAGCCGAGCCACCUCAAGCACAACCACAAGGACAUGCCGAGCAGGAAGAAGCUCGAGGGCCAGAGGAACGGCUUCCACGCGCCGGCCGACACGAACACGUUCAUCGCGGCGAGCCAGAGCCCGCGCGGCUCGACCGGCAGCCUCGAGCAGUCGGGCCAGGCGUUCAUGUGCGGCCCCGUCACGCCCAUCGGCUCGCCCGUCGCUCAGCACACCGGCACCUGGAAGCGCAACAACAACGCCCUCGGCUUCGGCAGCACGGGCUCCUUCAACGCCAACAACAGCAGCAUGAGCCUCGAGGCCCUGAACGGCGGCCUGAGCGAGCUCCUCGUCCAGAGCCCGGCGGCGCCGCCCCCCGACCUCCGCUCCAAGCUGCUCCGGCCCAGGAGCCUCCUGGAGAAGGCGCGCAUGAACGUCGCCUGGCUCGACUCCUCGCUCUCCAUCAUGGAGCAGCAGAUUCGCGAGUUCGACACGCUCAGGCUCCGCUUCAAGUUCUACUCGUUCUACGACCUCAACCCCAAGACCGACGCCGCCAGGAUCAACAUGAUCUACGAGCAGGCCAAGUGGCAGCUGCUCGCCGAGGAGAUCGACUGCACCGAGGAGGAGAUGCUCGUGUUCGCCGCGCUCCAGGUGCAGGUGAACCUGCAGGCAGGCCUGCCCCAGAAGAGCCUGGGCGAGAGCAACGGCGCCGCCAACGGCUCGCCGGCCGAGGACGACAUCGACGCGGCCCUCACGGACCUGCAGGUCAGCCUCGAGGGCAGCAACCUCGGCAGCGGACCCAGCGACAUCACCCAGGUCCCGGAGCUCUGCGACUACCUGCGCUUCUUCAAGCCCAAGCGCUUCACCCUCAAGGCCUUCAAGCGCUACUGGUUCACCUGCCGCGACCUCCAGCUCAGGCUCUACAAGAGCCGCGAGGACGCGGCCGGCUCCGAGGGGCCCGCGCACCUCGUCAACCUGAGGGGCUGCGAGGUCACGCCCGACCUCCACCUCAGCCAGGCCAGAUACGGCAUCAGGCUCGAGGUGCCCAGCGCCGAGGGCAUGACCGAGAUGUGGAUUCGAUGCGACAACGAGCAGCAGUACGCCAAGUGGAUGGCGGCCUGCAGACUCGCGGCCAAGGGCCGCACCCUCGCGGACGCCUCCUACGAGAGCGAGGUAAACGGCAUCAUCGCGUUCCUCCAGCUCCAGAGGCCCGCCCCGGCCCCGGCCAUCAAUCCCAACUCGCUCGGCGACAUCGUGCCGGAGGACUACGUCGCGCCGAGGUUCGCCAAGAAAUUCAAGGGCAAGCUGAUCCAGAGGAUCCUGGAGGCUCACGCCAACGUCAAGGACCUGCCGCUGAUCGAGGCCAAGCUCAACUACAUCAAGGCCUGGCAGUCGCUGCCGGAGUACGGAAUUUCCCUGUUCGUCGUCAGGUUCACCGGAAAGAGCAAGGACGAGCUGCUCGGCAUCGCGAGCAACAGACUCAUGCGAAUGGAUCUCCACAGCGGGGACCACAUCAAGACUUGGAGAUACAACACGAUGAAGGCAUGGAACGUCAACUGGGAGGUGAAGCACAUGAUGGUGCAAUUCGAGGAGGAGAACAUAAUCUUCGAGUGCCAGUCGGCCGACUGCAAGGUAUUGCACGAAUUCAUCGGGGGCUACAUCUUCCUGUCGAUGCGCUCGAAGGAAGCCAACCAGACCUUGAACGAAGAAAUGUUCCACAAGCUCACUGGGGGCUGGGAUUAAUCCGCCAUGCCGACCUCACCUUACCCAACACAAGCCUAUAGACUUUUAUUGUAAAUACAUAGAUCGUGUUUCAUCACGCUUUAUAAUACGCCUAACGAAUUGUAUACACCUUUUACCGUAUAUCGACAUUCGUAAUGAAUGAUUUUAUUUUUUUACAACUGAUGAUGUAUAAUGCGAAGAAAGAGAAAUUAGAAAGGACUAUAUUUAUACGGUUUCUUAGAUUCUUUCCAACACACACAAAGUGCCUAAUCAAGCAAAGAAAAGAAAAAACAAACAAGUUCAACCGUGCACAAAACUUUCUAUUACACAACCAUUUGGUUUUUAGACUUUUUAUUACAUUUUUUUUUUAAUAUUUUAGUUUUCCUAUUCUUUCCCUACAACUACUAACAUCCUGAGACGUGCCCUUAUUCCUGUAACAGAAUGAUCUAUCUCAUUUUGUCGCUUUCCAUGCGUGUACUCCCCGUAAUUUUAAUAAUCUGACGCGCUCGUUUUGUCGUAUUAUUAUUAUUAUUAUUAUUAUUAUUAUCAUUAUUAUUAUUCUAUAUACUUAUAGAUGAGAGAUAUGAUUCAGUACGUUAGCAGCCAUUCGCCUGAAGAUGAUAGUUGAUUUCACUCGGUUCAAAAUAUAUUUUGUUGACAAAUUUCUUGGACGGUGCUAUGUUGAGCGACUCCGACUGCUAAUUAUAGAGCGAAUCAAAUGCGAGGAUCGUGUAAAUUAUUUGUUAUAAUUCUAAUGUAAACUAUAUAUGUUAGUGAAAGUAUACACUUGUAUCGUUAUGCAUUAUAAAUUAUAUAAUAUAUACACACACAUAUAUAUAUAUAUAUAUAUAUAUGUGUGUGUGCGCGUGUGUACGUGAUAUCACAGUACAUUAUCUUUAUUCAUGUAUCUAUACAUGUAACCAAAAAUUAUAGUUUUGUACAUUAAUUUAUAGUAUAGUUGUACAAUAAAUAAUCUCAUAAAUACUA